AUGUUAUCUACAGACGGGAAAUGGAAGCUCACACCCAGGCUUCACUCUGUGAAGUUUGUCUUUGACGCUCCGACCCCGGCAGAUGCGAGGACUCCCGAUGAAAUCGUUUUCGACAAUCCGUUCCCUACCAAUAUUCCCGGGGUGCCGAAGCGGUUCGUCUUCAAAUCACCCACGACUCAUGAUGUUAGUCAAGAGGCUGUAGUUCCUCAAACAUCCACCUUUGUCGACGAUGGUCUCGACACUUGUUUCCCAGCCGAGGCACAGGCGUCUGAUGUGCAGCCCACUACAGAGACAAUGACGCCAUUUGGCGAAAGUCUAACCAGCGAAACUACGACUGCGGAACCAAAUUCAGACUCUGUCUCUCAUCUUCAAGGACCUAUAUUUGACUCACCGGACGAUGUCGAGGCAAUUGUGUGCGCUGCAUGGGCCUUGAUACUGUCCUCGCUGAACGGCAGCGAAGAAGUCAAUUUUGGAAUAUGCGUCCCCAGCGCUAGCAAUUCUGGGCCUUUGGGCAGGGUGACCUCGUUCACUGUCUCUGUUCAUUCUCAAGGUUCAAUUUCGGCAUUUCUAGAGCAAGCCAGAGACCAAUCGCUUGUGCCCGUGGAAAAUGAUCAAUUUUCCGAGGCAAGGCCUGGGGUUGGAGAAGAGCCAUUUGCCAACACACUCAUCAACUUUUCCACAACUGUUGGAUGCCGGCAGCAACCAGUCAAUCUUCCCGGUUACGCUCUUCAGCUUGUUUGCCUCGUCGUAGGACAAGAUUUGCAGCUGUCUGCUACCUUCGACGAGCGAGCAAUUUCUAGGUCAAGAGUUCGUCUUCUGCUCAGUGACUUGGAGCACGUCAUCUGGCAGCUGGCGAACUUAACGGGAGAGCAGAAAGUGCUGGGAGAUGUACAGAUCAUGAGCCCCUCAAGUCAGCGGCGUCUUGUUCAGCUCAACAGACCACUUCCAACACAAGAGGAAAAGUUUGUACAGGAGUCGAUAGUAGAGCAUGCCAGAUCACAACCUCACGCUCAAGCCAUCUGCGCUUGGGAUGGCAACUUGUCGUACUCUGAGUUGCAGCGUUAUUCUGAGAAUCUUGCAACGCAUCUUUCCAGUCUCGGAGUCGGACCCGAAGUGGUGGUACCCAUCAUCUUCGAAAAGUCUGUCUUCAGCAUCAUUUCUAUUCUGGGUGUGGCGAUGGCCGGAGGUGCAGUUGUAGCUCUGGAUCCCUCACUUCCCGAAGCGCGGAUCAACAUGAUUAUCGAAGACGUAGAUGCCCAACUUGUCGUGUCGUCUUCACUGAGCCAAAGCAAGAUCCCAUCAGGCAUUCACCAAGGGAAGCGAGUUAUUGUCAGCCAGCCUUUCCUGGAACAUCUCUCGAUCGCACGGCGAUCUUUGUCGACCCAAGUCUCGCCAUCUCCGAACAACGCUAUAUACGUUGUGUAUACGAGUGGCUCUACGGGCAAGCCGAAAGGUGUCGUGGUCACUCACGGAGCAUUUUGUUCCAGCGCAAAAGGCUUCUCCAAGGCCAUCCACCUCGACUCUCCCACCUCCCGGGUCCUGCAAUAUUCCUCCUUUUCCUUCGACAUAUCCAUGCUUGAGAUUUUUGCCACCUUGAUGGCGGGAUCGUGCCUUUGCAUUCCAUCAGAGGAAGAUAGGAUGAACAGCCUGGCUAGGUGUAUAUCCACCAUGAAGGUCAACUGGGCAAUGUUGACACCAUCAGUUGCCAGUCUGAUAUCCCCAGAGGAAGUCCCAAGCCUCGAGGUUCUAUGCCUUGUGGGAGAGGCACUUCCGCAGGCUGUAGCUGACACAUGGGCCGACCAUGUCAAAGCCAUCAACGCUUACGCCGUCUUCAUCGACGAUCCGGUCUUUCUUCGCGGCGUCGUGCGCCGGCCGAUGCGAUGCUAUCGCACUGGUGACCUCGGAAGGAUGAACCAUGAUGGAACGAUUGACUUCCUUGGUAGAAAAGACACUCAGGUCAAAAUCAACGGCCAGCGAGUCGAGCUUGGGGAGAUUGAGCAUCAGCUCAAGCAGCGUUUGGAAUCCUACGAGACACAAUUGCCUACCGAGACGAGAUGGGAACUGGCAGUUGAGCUUAUACGGCCUGUUGGAGGGGAACACGGUAUCCUUACAGCAUUUAUCGCGCUAAGGACCACUUCAAAAACUCCUUUUGAUGGAGAAGGACGGGUCUUUGCAGAGGAUGUGCACCCUUUAUGGGCGACGAUGCAUCGGAAAUUUCAAACCGCUUCGACAGAACUCUCCAACGUUCUUCCUGCAUAUAUGAUCCCGAGGGCAGUUGUACCAUGUUACACAUUGCCCCUGUCAUCUUCUGGCAAGGUCGACCGGAAGGCACUCCGCACAUACGGAACGACAAUGACGGCACAGCAACUGCUGAGAUCACCAAGUGGUAUUGAAGAAGAUCAUGUCCCGCCCGCUGAAGUUCCCCAAGCAAUUUCUAGCGACUUCCCCGAAAGCGAGGAGGAGUCUUCCGUUGGACAGCAUACGUUACUUUCCGACACCUAUCCUUCAACCGAGGCUUCAAUGCCGCUCUCCGAACCUUCACAGCCUAGCCUUACUCCAGUUGAGGCAUCGCUACGCCUGGCCUGGUCAGAAGUUCUAGGAGUAUCCGAAGACUCAAUCCUCCUCGAAGAUGACUUCUUCAAACUCGGCGGAGAUUCUAUAGGAGCUAUAAAGAUCGUCGCCGCUUGUCGCAAACAAUCACUUCAAAUCAACGUGGCGAGCAUCUUCAAAAACUCCGUACUAGGCAAGAUGGCUCUCGUUUGCAAGACUACAGCACCUGGAAAGCACACAGCGCCCGCCACCAGAUUCAGGCCAUUCCAAUUCCUACUCCACGAGAACAUUACCGAGCUGCAAGAGGAAGUCGCCUUCCAGUGUGAUAUCACUGUCGAAAGCAUCGAAGACUUGUACCCUUGCACGCACAUGCAAGAGGGCCUGAUGGCGGUCAACCUCACACGACCAGGGAGUUACACUGGCCGAUGGAUCCAUCCGCUGCCCAGAGACGUUGAUCUGUUGCGGUUCAGAAAGUGUUGGGAGAAUAUCCACGCCACAUCGCCAAUACUGAGGACCAGAUUUGCAACGACAUCAGCUGCGGGAUCCUUGCAAGCUGUCGUCAGAGAGAGAGUCCAGUGGCUGUUGCACAACGACCUCGAAGCUUAUCUUCAGCAAGACGACGCGAAUCCCAUGUUUCCCGGGGAUUCACUCAACCGCUUCGCUCUUAUCACGUCCGAGACUGGCGUUGUGACUUUUGUGUGGACCAUACAUCACAUGCUCUACGACGGCUGGUCACUAGCAAUGCUUUGCGAUAGACUCAACGAUUCGUACCACGGCCGCUCCACCAAGCCAGCAACCGACUACCGCAAUUUCAUUUCCUACACACAGCAGAUGACGCCAAGUAACCAUGUGGCGUACUGGAAAACAGAGCUGCAAGGGGUGAAUCCGUCAAGCUUUCCUGCGACUCCCAAGCCUGGCCAUCAAUCCUUUGCCCGAGCUGUGGUGCGCGAUGAACUCGACAUCAAAAUUGACCAGGCUUCCGGAAUUACCAUGUCGACCAUCGUUCGAGCAGCUUGGAGUCUUAUGAUAAGCCAUUUCUCGAAAUCAGAUGAUGUCCUGUUCGGCGCAACAGUCUCAGGUAGAAACGCACCACUGGACAAAAUCGAAAGCAUCGAGGGACCGACGAUAGCCACGGUCCCUGUCAGAGUCCGUAUCGACAAGGACUCCGACAUUCUCGAGUUUCUGCGGAAGAUCCAGGACCAUGCUACUGCAAUGAUACCUUAUGAGCAGACCGGUAUCCAGCAGAUCAAAUCCCUCAACGGAGAUACCAGGUGCGCCUGCGAAUUCCAGAACUUGCUCGUCAUCCAGGCGGGCGGCGGCUGGGACGAGACUGGGGACGGUCCCCUCGGGAAGCCGAUAUAUCGCGAGGAGUUUACGACGUUUCCUGUUACGUGCGAGGCUUGGCUUCAUCCUGGACGAGUCGAGUUUGCGACGCAUGUUGAUGAGGGUGUCACUAAUCGUGUCUUUGUUGCCCAGGCCAUCGAGACUGUGAAGGUCGUUAUGAGUCAACUUGCUUGGGCUACUUCCCGUGACUACAAUUCCUCCAAGGUCCUCGACUUGGCCUUUGACGCGAAUUCUAUAUCUAUUCAGCAACACACUUCCGCAUUUCAUGGAGUAGAACAGGUCUCGACUACUCUUCAUCAGCUCAUUGGAGAAAGGAGUCUGGCACAGCCCCAAAGGGAUGCAGUGGUUUCAACAGCCGACUCAUUGUCUUACGAAAUGUUGGAUGGAAUGUCCUCGGCACUCGCGGUCCAGCUUAUUGAGACGGGCGUCAAAGCAGGAGACAUGAUCCCCCUUUGUUUCGAAAAAUCGGUCUGGACUGUCGUUGCGAUGCUGGGCGUCUUGAAAGCCGGCGCUUCCUUCGUCCCCCUCGACCCGAGCCAGCCCAUAUCUCGUCUACGAAAGGUCGUCGCACAAGUCAGAGCGAGAACUGUUCUCAUGUCUACAUUACAACACAAAGCAACAGAUCUUGGCGCCGUAACGUCCAUGAUCAUUGACCAGGACGCCCUCGGCAAGAUCACGAAACUCCCGCACCAACUCCAGCAACCGGCUCAUCUCGAUCCCAGCAGCCCAGCAUACGUCAUUUUCACGUCCGGGUCGACAGGAGACCCCAAGGGCAUCGUCAUCUCUCACGCCGCGUUUGCUUCCAGCGCGCUAGCCCACGGCUCAGUGUUUGGCAUGAAUAACAAUCACCGCGUCCUACAAUUCUCCGCCUACAGCUUCGAUGCCAGUUUGUUCGAGAUCCUGACGACGCUCAUACAUGGCGGGACUGUCUGCGUCGCCACCGAGAAAGAACGUUUCGAGAGCCUCGGAGACUUUACAAGGCAGACAGGCGUCAAUCUUGCGCUCCUCACCCCAUCUGUGGCUCGCAUCAUUCGUCCCUCGGAGAUGUCAUCACUAGAAACCUUGGUGCUAGGCGGCGAAGCGCCCGACAAAGCCUUGGUCAAGAAGUGGCUCGAUGCCGGAGUGACUCUGUUCAACGCGUACGGACCGAGUGAGUGUUCAGUCAUCGCUGCGUGCCAUUCAUGUUCCUAUAACGCAGACCCGAAAACGAUCGGGGUCCCGGUCGGUUGCUCUGCGUGGGUCGUUGACCCAGACGAUGACACGAUACUCGUACGGGAUGGAGAGAUUGGUGAGCUGCUGAUUGAAGGUCCGACUUUGGCAGAUGGCUACCUUUAUGACGUUAAAAUAACGAACACCGCUUUCAUUUCGCGACCGCCUUGGGCUUCGGGACAGAACUCGAUGGGCAAAGGUCGCCUGUACAAGACAGGGGAUCUUGUGAAGAGGAUGGCCGACGGAAGCAUGAUAUAUGUAGGCCGGAAAGAUCUUCAAGUAAAGUUGAACGGCCAACGAAUCGAGCUUGGUGACAUUGAGUCAGAUCUCGUUGGUUGCAAGUCUGUUAAGAGCGGCAUCGUUGUGUUCCCAUCUUCGGGCCCUUUCUCACAGCAACUUGUGGCGGUUUUGGAGCUCGAAGGUGAGAGCGAUAGACCCAUUGGUCUCCGACAUAUCAUAUCUCGCUUCAACAUUGUUGCGGAGAAGGUUCGUCAAGAGUUGGCUGGCAAACUUCCAAGCAUAAUGCUCCCGGCACACUUUGUCGACGUUGCCACUCUCUCUGCUGAGAGAUUCCCGCUUUCUUCCUCGGCCAAGAUAGACAGGAGACAGGUAACAGCGUGGCUCGAACAGUUGUCUGUCAGGGAGUCUGAGAUCCUUGACAAUUCUGCACCGAUACCGAGCACAGUUGCGACGAUCCAAUCCGAUGAGCUUCCUGCCUACGAGCUGGCAGAAAAGAUCAUGGAUUUGGUGCCUCAGAGAACAUAUUCUCCUGGAUCUCGGCUGGGUGGCUUCGACGAUGUGCUGUUGAACACUUCUGGUCUAGACUCUCUCAACAUGAUGUCGCUCAUGCACUUCAUUCGCCUCAAGUACCACGUAAGAGUCAGUAUGCAGCUGCUCAUGGACGAGCAAACGAGCAUCAGGAAGCUGGCAGCAUUCAUCAUCCAAGCAGCUUCGAACGAGUCUGUACCUCCGAUUGCUCAAGCUAUAAACACGGGUCUCGUACGUGGUGCAACGCCCGAAGCAGCAAAGUCCCGUGUGCUGGAAGCGGCGCAAAAGUCCCUUUGGUGGACCGAGUUCCACGAUGAGAAGCUGGACGUCUGGAUAGGGGAUCUUGCGAAGCCUAUGCUGGGCCUCGGUCAAGAACAAUGGGAUCUGCUAGGGGAUGGCCAGACUUUCGACGUCAUCAUUCACAAUGGCGCGAUUGUCCAUUGGAAUAAGAGCUAUGCCACACUGGAAGCCGUCAACAUUCAAUCCACGGUCCAGCUUCUCAACAUUGCUGUGCAGAAUCCGGCUUUGCAUUUUGCCUACGUGUCUGGCGGUCGACAGUGGAAGGGCAUCCAAGAACAGGACGAGGAUGUCGCGCAGGAGCUUUCGGAUGCGAUGGGAUACAGCCAGACAAAGUUCGUUUCCGAGGUCUUGGUCAAAAGAGCUGCGGAGCGAUGUCAACUCGUACGGCGGAGGAAUAUUGGCGUCUUCCGACCAGGGCUUAUCAUAGGAACGCCCGCGGAGGGGGUAGCAAACCUGGACGAUUAUAUCUGGAGGCUCACGGCUGCCAACAUUGAGAUGGGAAUCUACAACGUCGAUGAGGAGCAGGCAUGGUUGCAUCUCUCCGAUGCUGCUACGAUUUCUGAAGCUGCCAUUAGCACCGCAUUUAGUCCGGAGUCAUUGGCCUCUCCAGUGACACAGCAUGAAGAGGGAAUGACCUGGGGCACAUUCUGGAGGUUAGUCAAGGGGAUGGGUUACGACAUCCGUCCAAUGCGGGCUGCUGAAUGGCUUUCGGAAGUCAAAAAGGAUAUCUCAAGGCGGAAAGAGAAGCACCCGCUUUGGCCUCUGGCUCACCUACUCGAGGAUGGUAGCAUGGACUGGGAAGCGACAGCCAACGACCAUAGGGAUUGCCCGCUGCAGCUCAAGGUGGCUAUCAAGAAGAACAUCGAAGCCCUUGUCACUGUGGGCUUCCUACCGGCCGCGCGUCGAGAGCUGGAAACAAGAUCUCUCUACAACCCUGCCGUCGCGUGGCCAAACGCCUCUGAAGACCUAUCCGCUCUGCGCAAGUAUCCGUUCUCAAAACACUUUGAUGUUUACUCGUGCUGGACUUGUUCAUCGCAACUCUUCGCUCGCGGCCACAAUCCCAACGUCGGCCCCUUGGUCACAACCGGUGCGUUGGAGAACAUCCCCGGUCUCGUCAAAUAUGACAAUCACAUGUUUAUCGGCGAUACCAUCGAUGGUGGUCUUUCACCAUGGCUUCCGAGGGUAGAGAAUAGGGAUACAGUCAAGCGCUGGAAGGGGCAUCGCAACAGUGAAGAGGUUCCAUUCGACUGGCCAAUCAGCAAAUCUGUCCCUGCUUCUCGACUGAAUGCCAGUGCCUCACCUUCGUCAACGCCAUUUCACUGCCACUGCAAAGGCAUCCAGCUAUCGUUGAGAAGCGCCACUGAUUUGGAGGCGGACCCUGCGAAGCCGUCUACCUCUACGUGCGUGGAUCCCAAGACACUAAAGUUCAAAGCGUGCUGCGACUCGUGCAACUCUUGCCGCCAACAGUUCGGGUCAGACAUCAUCGCCUGGACAUUCGCCCCUCUCACGCACAUCAACUUCAGCUCAGAACCCGCAUCCGCGCCUUCUCAGUUCCCCCAGACGAUUAGCGCACUUAAAGAAGCAGUGCAAUCCGAGACCAAAGACCCUCGUCUCGGGACAUUGGCGGUGUACAACAGCUCUCCCGAGGUAGAGCGAUACUUUUGUUCAACGUGCUCAGCCAGCGUAUUCUACGCCGUCUAUAAUCGUGAAGACAUGGUUGAUAUUGCGGUCGGGUUACUUGAUCACCCUGACGGCGCUCGUGCUGAGGGCUUGCUGGCUUGGAUUCAUGAGCUGGUUGGGUGGGAAAUGGAUGCAGCAGGCGGAUGGCGAGAACAACUAGUUGAGACGACCAAGAGUUCUAUGCAGGAAUGGGCCGACUCCAUGAACGCAAAUGAGAACUUAGACAGCUAG